CCUCUGAUUGGCUGUCUUGAGAAUUUCUUUACCUCUGAUUGGCUGUCGCUCAACUGCGGCAUCUCAUUGGCUGUCGGCGGCCACCCAGACGCACCGAGUCCGCUGUCCUCGGUGCUGAAAUCGCUGCACGUCGCAAUAAUGUAACACCGGCGAUGAGGCCAAACGGAGCAGCAGCUAAGAAAACACCAAAAUGGACGAUGACCUGUUUCAACUGAGACAACUUCCUGUUGUCCGCUUCCGUCACACAGGUGAGAGCGCUCGCUCUGAGGAGGAUGCWGAGGACAGAGGGCAGGAGGUCAGGACAGCAAGGAGUGCUGAUCUGGAGCCCGUGGCCCUCGCGGAAGAAGCGCCGGUGCCACGAGAGUUCGCCAAUCCAACUGACGACACAUUCAUGGUAGAAGAUGCCGUGGAGGCCAUAGGCUUUGGGACAUUUCAAUGGAAACUGUCCAUCCUCACUGGUCUGUCCUGGAUGGCCGACGCUAUGGAGAUGAUGAUCCUCAGCAUCUUAGCCCCACAGCUCCACUGUGAAUGGCGCCUGCCGAGCCUGGAGGUGGCACUGCUCACAUCGGCAGUAUUUAUCGGGAUGAUGAUCAGCUCUUCUCUCUGGGGAAACAUAUCUGACAAGUACGGCAGAAAGACAGGUCUGACRAUGAGUGUGCUGUGGACCAUUUUCUACGGCGUCAUGAGUGCGUUUGCUCCCAUUUACGGAUGGAUCUUGGUCCUUCGUGCGUUGGUGGGCUUCGGCAUUGGAGGGGCGCCACAGUCGGUGACCCUGUAUGCUGAGUUUCUUCCAAUGAGGUCCAGAGCCACGUGUAUCCUGCUUAUUGAGAUCUUUUGGGCCCUCGGCACGGUUUUCGAGGUCCUUCUAGCGAUCCUGGUGAUGCCCACGUUAGGCUGGCGCUGGCUGCUCGGCCUUUCCACCAUUCCUCUCUUCAUCUUUGCUUUUCUGUGUUACUGGCUGCCGGAGAGCGCUCGGUAUGACGUGCUGACGGGGAACCAGGAGAAGGCUCUGGACACUCUGAAACGCAUCGCCACGGAGAAYGGAGCCCCCAUGCCUCUGGGGAAACUCAUCGCUGCCAGACAGGAAGACCGUGGGAAGAUUCAGGAUUUAUUUUCAUCGCACUUCCGCUGCACCACAGUUCUGCUGUGGUUUAUCUGGUUUGCGAACGCCUUCUCCUACUAUGGACUGGUGCUGCUCACCACAGAGUUGUUUCAGGAGGGAGGUGCAUGUAGAAUGUCCAAACAAGAUAAGAAGGAGCCCCAGUGCAGCUUGGAGUGUAAAUAUCUGAAUUCRGACGACUAUAAAGACCUGCUGUGGACGACGUUGUCAGAAUUCCCAGGACUCCUGGUGACUCUGUGGGCGAUCGAUCGACUGGGACGGAGGAAGACCAUGGCGUUGUGUUUCCUCAUCUUCUCUCUGUGCAUCAUUCCUCUGUAUGGCUGUGUGGGGAGAGCGUCCAUGACCGUGUUGAUUUUCAUCGCCCGAGCGUUCAUAGCAGGAGGCUUUCAGGCUGCUUAUGUUUACACUCCUGAGGUUUAUCCCACAGCGACCCGAGCUCUAGGUUUGGGAACCAGCAGUGGAAUGGCCAGGGUUGGAGCACUCAUCACUCCGUUUGUUGCACAGGUGAUGCUGGAGUCCUCUGUGUACCUGGCGCUGUCUGUGUACUGCUGCUGCUGCCUCUUCGCCGCCGUCGCCUCCUGCGCUCUGCCCAUCGAGACCACGGGCCGGGGUCUGCAGGAGUCCAGCCAUCGCGAGUGGGGACAGGAGAUGAUCGGCCACAGUUCARGAGGGAUCCCUCACUCCAGCUCCGGCUCCGGCUCCCAGGGCUGAGGGCGGACACACAACCAGAAGGGGAAAAGCAGAAACAAGAAAAAAGCUAAAGCAGAUUAUUUUUUUURGCCUUCGUCUGUGUUUCUUCUGUUUAGACGCCACAGUGGCAUCAGAGAAUCAGACAGCACCAUCAUUUUACAGCACCUUACUGUGUUUGUAACCCGUUAACACCAUCACUGGGGUGUUUUCACCACUGUUUAACUCCACACAGCGUGGUUUAGUCAAUGACCUACAGAAGUGGAAAAAGCUUGAACAAAGUGAAGAAGUUUCCCAAAGCAGUGAAAGUGUAAAAAAUGUUCCAAAUAGCUUUUUUUUUUUUUUUUAAAGCCUUCAUCAGUUUGUGGCCCAGAGACCAAAUCUGAGAUAUCAGCUUGUUUUAGUUUAUGGAUCAGUACUCUCAUAGAAAACAGGAUUAUCUUGUGCAAACUGCCUGCUGAAACAAACAAAACAAACRUUUAUUAAUGUUAUGUGUUUUCAUUUCAUCUUUGGUCAGUACUGGUUCUGUUUCUAAUGGGAAAAAUCAUUUUGGCUGGAAAAUACAGGCAUUAUUGAGCCUGUGUAAUCAUAUCUACUAAUGCUUUGGUCAAAUCAGUGGCAGGACACAUAUGUGACCCAUCGUAUCGACAUGAGGAUUAARUCAAAUUUGGUCAAAAUGGCCUAACUACAUUUUCAAAUUCCUGGCUUUAAAAGCCACAUUUUGAUAUCUGGAUCAUUCUGAUAUCAUAAGCUUAUCCAGAGAUAUGACUUAAUUUGCCUUGUUGGUUAUGACAAUAUAUUACUAUUUGGUCUGCAUCCUAGUAAUUAUAUGUAAAUUWAUUGAGUAAUUUUUCAUGUCAAUAURMAGAGGAAACCUCAAAUAGUUUUUGURUGUUAAGAUUUUACAGUYGGAAAGAAACGAAAACAUUGCUAGCUCACUGAGAAAAAUUCAAAGUUUUAAGGCGUUUUUCCUGAAAAUCUGAUUUUUUGUUGUUA